AUGGGCGAGCUCCUCGGCAUUCUCUGUGGAAUCUCGAUCAUAUCAUUCAUCGAAUUCGCCGUUUUAGCGAGCAACAUUUGCACGCUUUUUGUUAAGCGGCGUUUAUAUCGCGUUGUAGACGGUCAUUGGCUAUUCACAUUGCUCAAUGGAGCCCGUCUUUGGGGCUGCUCUUUUGAAGUGAGUAGUAGACAAGAUCGUACAGCCGAAUCG